AUGAAAAAUUCCACGAAAUCCACGCCAGAUGAGGGAGAUGUAUCGGUGGAAAAGGAGAGAAGAGAAACGUCUUUUUCACAGAAAGAACAAGUAAAAGGCGGUUUUAAACCCGCCCAACCAGAGGCUCUGCGUCGUCUUAACCAAAAAUAUGCCUCUGGUGGGGAAGGACUUGGAAAAAAAUCUGUACCUAAAGUGAGAGAAGAUGCCAUGGAACUAUUGGCUAGUUUUAGUGAAAAGACCACAGUGCACGGCAUGGGAAGAAUAUUUAGUAGAAAGGCCAAUAAAUAUGAAAGAUGCUUUUGGCUGCUCACUUUCAGUUUGGCCGUCUUUGGCACCACCUAUGUAUGCAUAGUGCUUUCUGAACGCUUUAAGGCUGGUAAUUUACAAUCAAUAGUCGAUGACACCGGUGCCCCGGUCUAUAAAAUACCAUUUCCCGUCAUAACCAUCUGUAAUGUGAAUCACCUCAAUUGGGAUCGCAUUGAUGAGGCUAAGCAACGUUUUCUGCCUGGCGAAACUAAUAACGAAACUUUGCAAAUGUUUGAAAAGGUCAUUGGCCUUUUUGAUCGCUUAGAGUUUGGACGUUUCAAUGUCUUUUCGGCUUUGGAAAAUCAAUCCAUACACUUGGUGGAGCAAGUUAACUUUACCCAAGUGUUUGAGUUCAUGACUUGGCGGUGUGAGGAAUUACUCACCAAUUGUAUGUGGCGUCACCGUGAAAUGGAGUGUUGUGACAUUUUUCUUAAACGCCGCAGCAAAAACGCCAUUUGUUGGAGUUUUAAUACCGUUGAGACGCCAGAGGGUAAGCAAAGGCAGAAAGAGGAUGCCAAAUAUCCUUGGCGCACUGGAAGUUCUGGACCACAGAGUGCUUUAAGUGUGAGAGCGAUUAUUGACAAGGAGAAACAUUACAGCUAUGAAGUGGAAAGGGGAAUAACGGUUAUGAUAACCGAACCCAAUGUAUGGCAUCGAGAUCCAUAUUUCAUACAAGAGAAUACUGAGACCACCAUUGGCAUUGAUCCCACAAUUUAUCAGCAUGAUGAUAACACUCGAAGUUUGAGUUCCACGCAAAGGCAAUGUAUUUUUCAUGAUGAACACGAAAAAUAUGAUCUUAUGGUUUUACCAGGCUUCGAAUACAAUAUUGAAAAUUGUGAAGCGGAAUGCCAUCAAAUGCAUUUGGAAAAAUAUUGCAAUUGUACCAUGGAUUUGCUAUUUCCACCAGGAAAGCACAGAUAUUGUGGUGUUAAGGAUUUGCUUUGCUUGGCCCGCAACAAUGAUUAUUUCAUGUACACCUAUCAAUUUGGUUCGGAGAACUACUUGUACCACACCUAUGAAAAAAUGCGCUGCAAAUGCUUCAAUAAUUGCUAUUCAUUGCAAUACAUGACCUAUGUCCGGCCAACAUUUUUGCCAGCGGAUGUACGUGGCAGUAAGUCAUACGUGGAUUUGGAUAUUCAUUUCCGUUCCGAAACAAUGAUGAUCUAUCGCACAAGUUUGGUAUUCACAUGGAUUGAUUUAAUGGUGGCUUUUGGUGGAAUUGCCGGUUUAUUUAUGGGCUGCUCUCUCAUCAGCGCUGUGGAGGUACUCUACUUUCUUUUCAUUCAAGUACCAACAUUUGCCUACAAAGAGUUUCAAAACAAAAAGAACUUCAAAAGAAAGACGCCCAACAGCAAUUUCAGCAAAACAUACAGCAAUCGAGUUAUUACUCCAAGCCAACGAAUUAUAAUCUGAGGUCUUAUUACAGAAAACCAUCUAAACAACAAAAAAAUCGCAUAGCUAUUGUGGAAGAUAUGGA